AUGUUUAGAAGAUGUCUUUGUCCUGUUUCAUAUAAUGGGAUGCCCCAAUUGUUACCUCUGCGUGAACGUCUAAAGAAUGUAUACUUUGUUUUUUUUGGUCCGAAGACCAACAGAGUUAUUGUGAUUGCAUCACUCUUUCUUUUGUUAAUCAGUUUUUUUAGCAGUGAGUGGGUAAUGACACUUUGGUACCAUAUUGCGGAGGGUUUACUGACGUUUUUAUUCGUCAGUGAGAUUGGGUUGCGAUUAGCUGUUAUGCGAAACAAUUUUUGGGAGUCAGCAUUUAAUGUUUCAGAGGCUGUAGCAUGCGUGAUUUGCCUAACCAUAUUUUUUAUUCUUCAUUUCUCACGUCAGCACGCCUCACUGGCAGAGCACCGAGUGCUGAUUGUCUUACGAUACCUUGGCCAGUUGCUGCGCAUGGCAGGUCUUGUAGCAUCUGACAGUGCAAAUUUAUUAGGUUAUGAUAAUGGAAUCCAACUCUUUGCUGGAAAUGGAGUAAAACACUUUGCUGCUGAUCCUCGAGAUGGUUUCCGCGACGUACUUUAG